ACUUCAGAUCACAAGCCGGCAAGAACUAUUACGGUAGCAACUAGGAUGAUCAAUUAUGUAGCCUACCCGACUACGAACCCUCUUGACAAGGCAACAUAGAAUUGAGUGGUCCGGUUCAAGGUCAAGUUGGUGGUCGUUGGUUGCUAUAAAAUCUCGGGGCCCCAAUUUCCUGACCCAAGUCCAAUGUCAGUCAUCAAACAUCCUUCACCACUUCAUUGGCAUGGGAAGACGAAGAAGAGAUCUUGCUUCCAUUGCCAGGAAAAGCAUACAUUUGCGCCAUGCCCUGUUUGAAAGACACCAAAGAAAUUGAGACGGGCUCGCUUGCGAAAAGAGCACUGGCUUGCACCCCGCUUCUGGCAUGCUACGCCUAUGCCAAUGUCUCGAUGGACUCUGUGCUUGCAGGACUCCGUCCUUUGAUAGGAUCGCUCCUUCAGUCCGGCAGUUGGACUGCGAGCAGUGGGGAAGUUCUGAGGCUGACCGAGCCUCUUUACAAUGUUCCGUUGUUGGAUAAGACUUUUGGGGCACUGGUGACCUGUUUUAUGCCAUCUAUCAGUGGAUCCGAUGUUUUGUCACACGCGCAGAUGUCGUUCAUGGCGGACCUUGGUCCGAUCUACGGCAUCUGGCUUCUGGAAAGCGGCCGAAGAGCCCACUCUUGGGUGGAGAUACUUUUGUGAGUGGCCUGGGAUCAGUCCGAUACAGAACCCACUGAUCAUCUGAACUUACAGUCCGAUCACCAUGGGAGCAGCAUUCCAACUGAGAGGGA